ACGACUUUAACUCUUCAUCUUUAGCUCUCAAAUAAUUCAGUAUCUGCCUUUUGAUAUUGUAUUUAACCUUACAAUCUGUCAUGGAAAGCCCCAGAUCAUUUCUACAGCCACCAACCUAUGGAAAUAGCAUCACCAUCUUAAGCAUUGAUGGCGGAGGGAUCAGAGGAAUUAUCCCUGGAGUAAUCCUUGGAUUUUUAGAGUCUGAGCUUCAGAAAUUGGAUGGUGAAGAUGCGAGACUCGCUGACUACUUUGAUGUGAUAUCGGGCACCAGCACUGGUGGUCUUGUGACUGCAAUGCUUGCCGCUCCAAAUGACAAGAAUCGGCCUCUCUUUGCUGCCAAAGAGAUCAAGGACUUUUACCUUGACAAUUGCCCUCAAAUCUUCCCGCAAGAAACACACUUAAUGCUGGGACAAGCUGAAAAGCUAAUUAAAGCCGUGACUGGACCCAAAUAUGAUGGCAAAUAUCUCCAUAAUCUGCUCAAGCAAAAGCUGGGUGAGACCAAGUUGCACCAAACACUGACUAAUGUUGUCAUCCCUACUUUCGACAUCAAAUUGCUCCAGCCCACCAUCUUUUCCAGCUAUGCAUUGAAGCACCAUCCAAGCCUAGACGCCUUAUUGAGAGAUAUAUGCAUAGGAACUUCAGCUGCUCCCACUUAUCUUCCUGCCCAUAAAUUCCAAACUGAAGAUUCUGAUGGUAGCGUCAAAGAAUUUAACCUUAUCGAUGGUGGCGUGGCUGCUAACAAUCCGGCUUUAGUUGCAAUGAACCAUGUGACUAAGGAGGUUAGCCAAGGAAAUUCCGACUUCUUCUCGAUUAGAUCACAGGAAUAUACUCGCUUCAUUGUUCUAUCCUUGGGAACUGGUACAGCGAAAGAGGAAGGAAAGUAUGAUGCAGAGCAAGCAGCGAAAUGGGGAAUUCUGGGUUGGCUCACAAGUGGUGGUUCAACUCCGCUAGUGGAUGUAUUCUCUCAAGCAAGUAGCGAUAUGGUUGACUUUCACCUUUCUACUAUUUUCCAAACACUGCAGUCUGAAGAAAAUUAUUUACGAAUUCAGGAUGACACAUUAACAGGAGACUUGGCUUCCGUGGAUGUUGCAACGGAGGAAAAUCUACAGAAUCUUGUCAAAGUUGGGGAGAAUUUGUUGAAGAAGCCAGUUUCGAGGAUUAAUUUGCAGACUGGUGUUUUUCAGCCUCUGAAUAAAGGCACAAAUGAGGAGGCUCUCAAAAGGCUGGCCGAGACACUCUCCAAGGAGAAGCGGCUUCGGGAUCUGAGAUCACCGACUUCGCAUGUGCCAAAGCGCCAGAAAUGAUCCUAAUCAGUCCUCAACAAGCUAUUUAGAGCUCAACAAUUCAACUGAAGUUUUUGUUGUUUGAAGAUUUUAAUUAUUU